UUAUUCUUCCGUCCUUCGUCUCUGCCUUCUCCCAUUCUCCUUGCCACCGCCCCCGCACCGCUCUGGAGAGCGCCGGCUUGGCUGGCUCCGGGUCCCGUCCUCGCCUCCUCGGCGCGCAACCUGAGCCAAAACAGUAUUAAUGUUGCACUAAGCUUGAGGUACUCCUUUCAAGAGGUCACGAUGUUGUGGCGCACAGUACGCAGUAUGGAUGUAAUGAUGCAUUCUUCGAGUUUCCUCCCAAAACUGCAUCGACCUGCCAACAGACCAGUCAAGAACUAUGCUUUAGUUGUUCUUAACCAGCAUCUUCCACGAUUCAUGCCUCGCCUCUGGGAUCAUGCGAACUUAAGGAUCUGUGCCGAUGGAGGUGCUAAUCGUAUUUUUGAUGAGAUGUUUCAGUUGACCAAUGAUGGAGAUGAGAAAAGCACCAGAAAUAGGUAUAUUCCAGAAAUUAUUGAGGGGGAUAUGGAUUCUAUAAGGCCUGAAGUAAAAUUGUUCUACUCUAGUCAGGGAUCCAAAAUUUCUGAUAAAUCACAUAACCAGGAGACAUCAGAUUUACACAAAUGUAUUUCUCGUAUCCAUCACCGUACACCUGAACAUGAAAAACAUAAUCUGUGUGUCCUUGUUACUGGAGCACUAGGUGGAAGGUUUGAUCAUGAGGCAGCAAAUAUCAAUGUUCUGUAUCUGUUUUCGGACUUGAGAAUUGUGCUUCUAUCAGAUGAUUGCUUGAUCCGACUUCUUCCCAAAACACAUCGCCAUGAACUUUAUAUUGAAUCAUCUGUUGAAGGACCACAUUGUGGGCUUUUUCCUGUUGGAGCACCGUCAACAAACACCACAACCACUGGACUGAAAUGGAAUCUAAGUGAAUCAAAGAUGAGAUUUGGGAGCAUGAUAAGCACAUCGAACAUUGUGCAAUCAGAGAAGGUAGCUGUACAGUCUGAUGCAGAUCUUUUGUGGACAAUUUCUCUACGAAACAUGGCCUAAUGUGCUCCUACUUAGUUAUCAUCUUUAAUUAUUCUGCUUCUGUUUCCUGGCGACCAAGCUCUUGUACAGCCGUUUAUGUGUUUAUGAGUUGUUGUGUGUAUGGUAAAUAAAUACCGUCUGAUGGCUCAUGGAUAGUCUGUUAUCAGAUAGGAACUCAAAAAUCAUGGGGUAGAAUAAUGUCUAACACGAUCGUUUACCUGCUGGCGAAUUAUGUGAAUAACUCGAGCAGACAUGCCUGUUGUAUCCUCUUGGCCUGUAUAACUAUAUUGUUGAAUCUGCAAGAGGGUUUGUUACAUGAAAAGGAUA